AUGGUGAAACGCUACUUCAAGGUACCGUGGCACGGCCCGGACGCGCGCGCCGUCGAUGUUCUGACGCUAGUUUGCCAGCCGAUGCUGACGUCGCUGCUCGCCAUCGCCGCGUCUCUGAACGUCAUGGUGUUUAUGCAAAUGUACACCCGCUGUUUUCUCGGCUUCUUCGUUCUCAUAAGCUACGGAAGCUGCGCCUCGGCGACGUUGAGCUUCGUGGCCUUCGCCUUGACGAUUAUUUACGGGCGCUACGGGCUGGGAUUGCUGGCGAUGCUGCUAUAUCAAAGUUUCUUCGUGCAACACGUGGUGCUCAGCAUAGAGAUUCUGCGACAGCACGCGCUGGAAUCCAAACUCGACGCAACUGCUUUGCUCGGCAUUAGGCUGGUGGCCGGCAUUUUUCUGGGCGUCAUAUGCGUCCUUUCGCUGCGGAUGCUAAUGGUGGGCAGUGCCCUGCUGGACGCGUUGCUACACGGGGGUGUACUAUGGGACCUGGACGGCUACGAAAAAAAACAGGAGCAAAAAUACCCGCGCGCCUUCUCAAUCACGGUGCCUGAGGAAGGCUGA